AGUAGCUUUCGUAGGAAACAGUACUCCCUUUCAAAUGAAAAGAAUUUGAAGGUUGUUUAUUCAUGUUUUCUAGUCAACAGGACAACACGGCUUUGGCUUGUACAUACAUACCAUUUUUUUACGUUUCACUGCCAAGUUUUUCCUGUGCUCCUUUUCUUGGAUCUGGUCAGAAACAAAGACUCGUCUUGGUAAGGUUUCACAUAGAGAGAGAGAGAGAGAGAGAGAGGGCUAGUGCUUCUUUGGCAUUCACAAUUUGAAUUUUCAACAAGAGAAUUUGAUCUAGAAUGUUUCUUUUUUGAGCCUACCCUUUUUUAUUCUUGGUGGGUUUCUCAUUGUGAGCGAUUUGAUUCUAUAUUUUUGCUGUUUUGGGAAGAAGAAGAAAAAAUAUUGGGUUUUGUUCGAUUCCAAGUUUCAGUUUUUUUUGUUCCUCCUAAAAUCUUGGUGGAUAAGUGGGGGAUUGCCAAUUUGGAUAUAGGUGUUGGUGAUUGCGGUUUUAUAGGGUUUAUCUUGGCAAAAAUCGAACUGGGUCGGUGGCAUAUUGUGAAAAAAGUUGAAGCUUUUGGAUGAUUAAAGCUCUUUUAGGGCUUUACUUGUGGAAGGUUUAGGCAUUGAUGAAAUGAGAAGGAUAGUAUUCGCUUGUAAUGACAGUUCAACUACUUAUGGGUCUUAUAAAGAUACGGGUUUUCAUUGCUUUGGUAGUUUUGGUUUGCACCUUGGCAGCAGUAAGUUCAAAAGAGAGGAACAGUGAUGAGGAAGUGUUUCUCAGGCAAAUUGUUGAUCCGGCGUCUGGGGAGAUAGAUGAGGACAUGGCAGCACUACUAUGGAUCAGUUGCAGGCAAGAUUUGAUCCAUUUGACGGGAGCUAACGAGGGUCUAGACUUAUGCUGUCUGGAGGAUUCAUCUAGUAGUGCGAAUGAAGUCAAUUCAAAAUCCCAGUCAUUAGCAAAGGAAAACAUUCAGAAAAUAAUUAGUGUUCUGCAUCCCCAGUUGGAAAGAACUCUUUUAGAUUGCUUAAGAAAGAUUAGUAUUCAGUUUCGUGUCUCUGGAGAAGAAAGUGGCCCCAAGAUUUGGUAUGCUAAGAAUCUUGAAUCCCAACAUCCCAGGCCUGACUCUCCUAGAAGGAAUUUGGGUUCAGCCCCAGCAUCAGCCCCAGCAGUCGUAUCACCUAAUCCAAGUCCAACACCAUCUGCUGAUCCAGCACCAUCACCAUCACCUUCGCCAGUACCUUCCAGUCAUCUAGAUUCUAAUUCUCAGCCCCCUUCACUGGUGCCCUUUUUCCCACCAACUUCAAACGAUUCUUCUGCUAGUCCGGCUUCUAAUUCAAAUGUUCAGGCAAAUAAGCAAAGUGCUAGCCGUAAACCUGUUGUUAUUGCUGUUGUUGUAACUGCAUCAGUGACAUUUGUAGUUGCAGCACUGUUCUUCCUAUGCUGCUGUAAGGUUUGUGGGAGAGGCUCAGGAGUUCGAAGAAAUGAUGAGAGGCCCCUUCUCAGCCUGAGCUUAAGCGACUACUCUGUUGGAAAUUCAUUAAAAGAAGAGAAGCUUGGGUAUCACUCGUAUGGUAAUAACUCCAGUCAUCACAAAAAGGCCUCAUCUUUGGAUGGGAAUUCCCGCAUUGGGUCUGAUAUUUUCCACAGUUCACUGCAUGAAACUUCAUCAGUGGGAGCUGGAGCUGCUGCUGCCAAAUUCUCACCCAACUCAUUUGAACCAUCAAGCAAUGUAAAUGGACAGGUACCUCCUCCUGCUCUAAAGCCACCUCCUGGGCGGGUAGUGAUCACUUCUGGACUGCCUCCGCUGAAGCCCCCUCCUGGCAGGGCAGAUCCUCUUCCUCCUGAACCUCCUUCUUCCUUUAGGCCUCCCCCCAGCAAGGCUGGUCCUCAUCCUCCUCAACCUCCUGUACCACCUCCCCCACCUCCUGUACCACCUCCCUCUAUGAAAGCUUCUAGUGGUGCUGGCCCUCACCCUUCCGGACCACCACUGCCACCACCAGCACCACCUGUUGCUCCAGGCACCAAACUCGGUCCUCGUCCACCACCACCUCCUCCAAAGAGUGGUGUACCUCCUCCUCGGCCACCACCAACUCCCUUAGGCUUAAAGGUAGCUCGACCACCUCUGGGACAAAAAAAUUCAUCAAAUGCUACUUCUAGUGAGGACGCUGGCUUGGAGGAUGAUGCUAAUGCUCCUAAAGCUAAACUGAAGCCAUUUUUCUGGGAUAAGGUCCUAGCCAGCCCUGAUCAAUCUAUGGUUUGGCAUCAGAUUAAAUCUGGAUCAUUCCAGUUCAACGAGGAGAUGAUAGAAACUCUGUUUGGUUAUAAUGCUGUUGAUAAAAACAGAAAAGCACAUAAGGAGUCUUCUUCGCAAGAUCCCUCACCCCAGCAUAUUCAGAUCAUUGAUCCGAAAAAAGCGCAAAAUCUAGCGAUUCUUCUGCGGGCAUUGAAUGUGACAACAGAGGAAGUUCAAGAUGCACUUCAUGAAGGAAAUGAGCUUCCACCAGAACUCCUUCAAACUUUGUUGAAGAUGGCACCAACUGCAGAGGAAGAACUGAAGCUUAGGCUAUUCAAUGGUGAAAUUGCUCAACUUGGGCCUGCUGAGCGGUUCCUAAAAGUCUUGGUUGAUAUCCCAUUUGCUUUUAAACGAAUGGAUGCAUUGCUUUUCAUGUGUACCAUUCAGGAGGAGGCUACCAUCACUAGGGAGUCUUUUGCAACCUUAGAGGUUGCCUGCAAGGAACUCAGAAACAGUCGACUGUUCCUCAAACUUCUUGAAGCUGUUCUUAAAACUGGAAAUCGCAUGAAUGAUGGAACCUUUCGUGGUGGUGCACAAGCAUUCAAGCUUGACACGCUUUUGAAAUUGUCAGAUGUAAAAGGAACAGAUGGCAAGACCACACUUUUGCAUUUUGUAGUUCAAGAGAUAAUCCGAUCUGAAGGUGUAAGAGCUGCUCGUGUAGCUAAAGAGAGCCAGAGUUUCUCCAGCAUCAAAUCAGAUGAUCUGCUUGAGGAAACCUCCCAUGACACAGAGGAGCACUACCGAAGCUUAGGUCUGCAGGUGGUUUCAGGUUUGGGUGAUGAACUUGAGAAUGUCAAGAAAGCAGCGAUUCUGGAUGCUGACAGCUUGAUAGGAACUGUUUCCAAACUUGGUCAUCAACUGAUUAAAGCUCGAGACUUCCUGAACUCAGACAUGAAGAGUCUUGGGGAAGAUAGUGGGUUCCACCAAUCACUAAAGAGUUUUGUGCAGAAAGCUGAGAUUGAUAUCAAGUGGCUCCUGGAGGAAGAAAAGAGAAUCAUGUCUUUGGUAAAGAGCACUGGUGAUUACUUCCAUGGGAAAGCAGGGAAGAAUGAGGGCUUACGUUUAUUUGUCAUUGUACGGGAUUUUUUGAUAAUGUUAGAUAAGACAUGCAGAGAGGUGAGAGAUGCAGCAAAGAGGCAAAUGAAAACACAGAAAAAAGAGGCUCCUACAGCACCAGCUUCAUCUGAUCCACGCCAGUCUCCUGAUUUCCGUCAACUGCUGUUCCCAGCAAUAACAGAUAGACGGGUGGAUAAUUCUAGUUCAGAUGAGGAUAGUCCAUAAAUUUCUUUUAGAAGAGGUGGCUUUAUAACAGAAUUUCAAGAAAUAUGCUCUUUCAGUCCUUCAAUGGUGUAUGUAUGUAUGGGUGAAGAGAAACUGUAUCCUACAAAGGAUCAGCUGAGAGGUGGUUGAGAGCAUGGCUUUGGACCCUCUUCAAGGAAAAAUUCCACUGGGACAGAGGUCUGACUGAAUCUGAAUUCGAAAUAGUACAGUUAUAUUAAUCCUCAUUGGAGUACUCAUGGAAUGGAUUCACGAUUCACCAUGAUUUUGCCAUAGCGCAGCCCCCUUAUCAAUCAUUAGUUAGAUUAAAUGAUGUCCCUAUAUAUAUAUAUUUUUGUUCAUUUAUAAUUCUUUAUUUUGUUGAUAGAUUUUUAUGUUUUAGAAGUGGAAUAUGUAGCAAGACCAUUUUAAAGA